ACUAUUUUGACUUUGUCUUUUAAGUUAGCAAACAACCUUCUUUCUUCUCUUCUCCUUCAGUCCACUUCUAUAUCAUCUUCUUCUUCUCAUAUUACAGCGUAUAUGAAUGUUCAGAGAAAGGGAGAGAUUUGAGGAGGAUGAAAUAGGAAAAAGGAUAAAAAGAGAGAUUGAUGCUGCAAAAUCAAUGGUGGCAAGUAGUUACUAUGAAAAUAAUCAUCAGAUUCAGGUAACAGGAAGAAGAUCAUCACCACAUAUGAUGGGAUUAGGUUCUCCUUCUCCUAUAGGUAACACUUUGAACACCAUUACCCCUUGUGCUGCUUGCAAGCUUCUCCGGCGACGUUGCGCCGAAGAAUGCCCUUUCUCUCCUUAUUUCUCCCCUCAUGAACCUCAGAAGUUCGCCGCCGUUCAUAAAGUCUUUGGUGCUAGCAAUGUCUCCAAGUUGCUCAUGGAAGUACCAGACACCCAAAGAGCAGACGCAGCAAAUAGUCUAGUAUACGAAGCAAAUGUAAGGUUAAGAGAUCCAGUAUAUGGGUGCAUGGGUGCAAUUUCAGCUUUACAACAACAAGUCCAAACAUUACAAGCUGAACUUAAUGCAGUUAGGGCUGAAAUUUUGAAGUACAAAUAUAGAGAAGCAGCUAAUACACUUAUGUCUGCUACUAAUACUACUCAACAACAUACUCAUCCACAACAUCAUCCUAACAAUAAUAAUUCUUUGGUUACUUCUGUCGCCGCCGCCGCCGCCGUUAUAGCUGCUAGUCUACCACCACAAGUACAAUCACCACCGCAUCAGUCUCAGCAGCAACCUCAACAAACCACCCCACCGCCUCCGCCCGCUACGCCUCCGCCGCAGCAGCCUGCAGCUUCUGUUGUUGUGGUUCCUUCAUCUCCUAUGGGUGCAGCUUCUUUGUAUACACCACCAUUACAACCUCCUGAUCAUUCUGGUACCAACAACAAUGGGUUUAGUUCUAUUCCAACUGAUCAUAACAAUGUUCCAUAUUUUGAUUGAUAAUUUUUUCUCGGAAAAAUUCACAACAGAGAGCUCAACUAUUACUCAUUUUCUUUUAGAAGUCACCACUAUGGAUUAUUCUCUACAGGUCCCAAGUUUACUAUCUUGUGAUUUUCAUAGGUCCGGAGUUACUUAUAACCUGUUUAGAAAGUAAGACUCUUAAAUAUUUACCAUCUUCGAACACUUUUUAAACCGUUUAUAAGUAAUUCAGGACUUAUAAAAAUUACAAUAUGGUAAACUUGAGACAUGUAGGGAAUAAUCCAUGGUUGGGACCUAUAAAAGAAAAUGGUAAUAAUUGAGCCUUCUUAUGAAUUUUUCUUUUUUCUUCCAAUUUUUGUUUUUUUUUUUCUUACACAAAACUGUAGUUUAGACUUUAGACACUUUUUUUUUUAAUAACUUAAACCUUGUGAUCUGGUAGUAUUAUAGUUUAGAUUUAAUCAAAAUAAGGCAAACAAAAAAAAAAAAAGAGUACUGAUGAAUGAUGAUAAUCUUACUUAGAAUAUUUGAACGUACACAUGGGUUUACAGCAUCUAAUUAAUUGAAAGAUUUCAUUAAUAUAUUUUUUUCUGUUUUCA